CCCGGUUGAAAAGCAAACGGGUGCAGUCGUGCCCGACACGCGAGUGACAAUAAAAGUUUAACUGUCAGUUUGACAGCGCGCCAAAAUUGUGACAUUUGAAUCUGUGAUAAUUAAGAAGAUUUUUCAGUUUGGAAAAGUGAUGCCGAAGCCACGCGAGAUCAUAAGCAGAGAAAGUUUAUUUUUAUAAUAAUAGCGGACCCACAUGCGCGAAACUAAAGCAGCCAUAUGUCAAUUUACUACCUCUACUUAGAUAUUACUGAACUUAGAGGCAAUUGAACCUUAACAAAAUGGCCGACUAUGACAUCAUACCUUGCUACGAUGAUGACGAACUAUUCCAAGACAAAAAUGACAAUGUAACAGAUUUACAUGCUUAUUAUAUGUCUCAAUUUAAUCUAGAAUUAGAAAAUGGUAAAAAAAGUAAAGACAAUUUCAAAUAUGGCGUCGAAGAAAGCUUCGAUUUCGAAGUUCUUGAUAGUUGGAAUGAUCAAGGAAAUAAACCAGAUUUUGAAAUUAUAGAUGAAGUUCUAGAUAGUAACAUGAACGAUCAAAAUAUAAAAGAGGUUCUCUUAGAUUUAGAUAGCAUUGAAUUUGACGAAAACUAUCAACAAGAAACAUCAGAGAAGAAUAAGGAGAUAGAAAGUAAUUCAAACAAUGAAUACAUAGAUGAUGAAUCUCUAAUAGACGAAUUAUGCAGAGAGGAAGGCGAGACAUGUAUAUCACCUGAAGAUUUCAAUGAAGAUUAUCUAAAUACGAUAACCAAUGAUAAUCUUCUACCGUCUAUAGAAACGGCUUUUUCGAAACGUUACUGCAAUUUCAAUAACGCAGAUGAAUUCAAUCAAGGGUACAAUGAAAUUACACAAGUACAGACAAAUAUACCUAUAGUACAUAGUUUAGCGCAGUAUAGCUAUCCAAAUAAUCUCAUAUACAAUUUAGAAAAUGAGAAAAAAUACAUCUUACCAGAUACGCCGACAAGUUGCAAUGAAUUUAGUUUUGAUAGAACAGAGAGAAAAGCGUCUAUUUGCGAUUCCAUUGAAAGCGAUGUUCAAAGUUCAUGUUAUUAUGAUGAAAAUUCGGAAAACUUCGAUGAAGAUGAAUUAUUUAUUAAUUUGGAUGAUUUUGGUAUUAAUUUUGAAAAAGAUAACGAAGUUGUAAUACCGAACAAAAAUGUAAUAGACAAUAGAAUUAAUAAUAGAAGUGAGAGAAAGGACAAGGAAAGGACACAAGGUGAAAGGAUUUGUUUAUGGGAGAACUGCUUGGAGAGAUAUCCUAACCAAAACACAUUGGUGGAACAUAUUGAAAGAGCCCAUGUUAACACGUAUAAAGGCGAUGAAUUCAGUUGUUUAUGGCGGGAAUGUGCACGCGCCCGUCGGCCAUUUAACGCACGUUACAAACUACUCAUACAUAUGCGCGUACAUUCAGGACAUAAACCUAAUCGAUGCCAUCAUCCCGGUUGCGGUAAAGCAUUCUCCCGCUUGGAGAAUUUGAAGAUCCACGUGCGUUCCCACACAGGCGAGAGGCCGUACGCUUGCCCCGCACCGCACUGCAGGAAGGCUUUCUCCAACUCUUCAGAUAGAGCCAAACAUCAGAGGACGCACUUCAAUGCUAGACCUUACGCCUGCGGUGCCGCCGGCUGCGGCAAGAGAUAUACGGACCCGUCAUCUCUUCGUAAGCACGUGAAGUCUCACCCUCACGUGACCAGCGUGCCCCGUACUUGUAUCCCCCCUUCAAGGCCCCUUCGCAGACCGGAACACGAGCAGAUGGUUCCCAGCUCACCAGCUAAACUAACCACGCUCAGAUGUAUCAGGGACAAGCUCACAGUACCAAAGUUGCAGAAACUUUAACACUUUCAGUGCUGACUCGAACGGGGUAGUUUAACAUUGAGCGCCCUCGGCGAGAUUUCUUCAGCGCCAACUUUUAUUACGUCAUUUUAAUAUAGAACGAUGCAAUUU